CAAUAUGGCGGACGAUACUGGAGAAGGUUUCAUCUUCCUUCGAUUUUGAAUACUGGUACCCCUGUAGAGCGCAUCAAAUCGGCUGCAGCAGCGAUGUAAAUUAUGAUUAAAUUUAGUGAGGAAGUUUUCAUGGACAGAGUGAGGUGUCUGUCGGAGAGAUUGCUGUAAUUGCUCUUUCGUUUUUUUAAGUAACUUGCCUCUAGAGAGCCGAAAUUGUGCGUGCUCCAAAAUAGUGGAAGAAUGCAUUCAAGGGCGCACAUGUUACUCGAGAAAGAGUGGUUUAAAUUGCAAAAGGAAGAGCUUCCUUGGGUAAGUUACACUAAUCACACGUGUACCUUCUAACAUUAUGUAGUGAGCGUUGUAAAUUUAGUAUGUAUUGUGCUCAUUUGAAGUUUAUUUGUGUUCAUUGCGAUCGUAUAGUGUUUUUGUUCACAUUUAUAUACUUCCUUCAAAUGAUGUGUCACGAGUCUAGAGGUAAGAAUUCGAUGUAGUACACUCAUGUACAAUGUUAAUUGGUCCACGAAACGAGGGAUACUAGUCACUGUUAACUAAAGAAUUUAAGGUUUCUGUUUUCACCUUAGUGAAUACUACUAGUUUUGUUAUCACUCCUUCUUUCUUAAAAUUUGAGCUUGCCGAUGAAGUGGACCUCAGUGAUCAUCUAUUUAGUGGCUGGAUUUAUGAAAGUUAGCCUUUGGGACUCGGAGUAGAGUUGUAGUUUUCACUGUUAAUGAAUUAAUCAAAACUAUAACAAAAUUCUUGAACGUGAUUGGUUAUCACCAGCCUGAUUUGAGCACUAAUAGGACUGUGUACGCGUCAUGGUUGUAAUUGGAAAGUGUAAUAGAACAGUUAAAGGGACAGUUAACACAUCAUGCCUGUGUAAGUGGAUAGAAUGCAUCAUGUGUGCUGUUGUCUCGCAUUUUGUUGAGUUAACUGUUGCUUUUUUAUGAAAAUGUUAACUGAUGUCCAGUUUCUUUCUCAAGUUUUGUCAUAGUUUUGAUUAAUUGGUAACAGGACAGGACUUCAUGCUGUCAAAUUCUGUCUGUAAUCAUACUUGUGAUUAACAAAUCUGACUCCUGCUUCGCAGUUAUUUGGUUUUGUCAAUCACUCAUAUGAUUACGGAACAAAUUGGACUCCACUCGGACCCAUUACCAUUAUUAAUCAUAACCAUUUCAAUUCCUCAAAUGUGAUUGGUGCAUUGGGUGCCUCAUUUUUCACUAAUCAUUCUGUACAGUGGUAAUCAGACAGUGUGAUUGGACAGUUGGCUGUAAUCAAACACCAGCAAUUGUCUCCAUUGUCUCCAUUGGAUAUAUUUGUUCUAGAUGUAUCUUUUUUUUUAACAUUGUAAUGGUUAUGAUUAAUUAGUAACAGGACUUGGUGUCAUCCAAUUGCGUCAGUAAUCAUACCUAUUGUUAACAAAUUGGACUCCUGCUUCUUGGUUGUCUGAUUUUGCCAUCACUUGCGUGAUUACAGACUGAAUUGGACUCUGCUCAGUCCAAUUACCAUUAUGAAUAUAUAGCUAAAGCUUGAAACCAGAAGUAUGUGUGUGACAUAUUUUGGUUUGAUUGGGAGUCACAAGGGCAAAUCCAAAACUUUUUUUAUUGUGGAUGGGUAGGGUAAACUUUGAUUCAGAGGGAGGAGGACCCUCUCUUGAAUUCACCACCCAUCACUGAGUCAUAAUGUUCCAGGGUUUAUAUAUUUCUCUCUGUUUAGGGUAUAAAGGCCAACCCACUCAAUGAGGAUGUGGACAUGUUUACCUGGGAAGGUACCCUAAAAGGCCCUAAAGACACAAUGUGGGAAGGUACAUGAAUCACUGUUGUUUUAUUGCUUUCCUCUGCUAAAGCCUGUCUAUAAGUCAUAUAGUGAAAUGUCUUUAAAAAACAAAUCAAUCUUGAAUUAUUUUAGUCUUCAUUUUGUUAACCCUGUGACGGUCUUCAGCCUUAAACUUCUAACUUUUCCUCACAAAUUCAAAACAUUAUCCAAUAAAAUAAGGGGCAAGAAUACAGAUACACAUCUUACUUUGAUAUAGUACCAAAUUCUCAUAACUAGCUCAUAAGGUGGUCUAUAAAGAUAGAAAGGAGAAUAACCCACCUUAUCUUUGGAAUUAAUUACAAAUAACUUUUUUCAAUUUUUUUUUUUUCAGGUGGUGUCUUCAAGUUGUAUCUUCAGUUUGAUGAGUGCUACAAUGGCAGACCACCAAAGAUUUUCUUUCACACAAUACCCUUCCAUCCAAAUGGUGAGAUUAUUAUGUUGUUAGGGUUGUGGGGUGAGAAUGAUUUUUUGUAUUUAAUGUUUUGGAUUGCCCUGGAAAUCGCUGUGUUCCCCAGUUAGAGAGUUUGUAAUAAAUUAUGUUUGCUUCUCUCAGGUGCAGUAAUGUCAAAUAUUUUGUUAGGGCCAAAGGAGUAGGGAGAUUAAAAAGGCUUGCACCCUCUCCCUUUCCCAACUUAAAAAAAUAGACCUUAUGACUCCUUGAAAGUAACCUCAGAGUACCACUCUAGAAGAGUUUGAACGUGACAAAUGCAAUGAGAGCUUUUUUACAUUGUCAAAGUUCUCUUGAGCAGGUGCUGCUUGAGGAAGUGUCUCGAGCCUGUCAUGGUAAACCACAAUCAACUAAACUUUAUGUCACCCCUCCCCUCCCCUUCAAAACUUGUUUCUCUUAGUCUGUAUGUAGAUUUUUAUGCAAGGAGUAUAUUGUGGAGAAAAAUGUUUUUUUGACUUGUCACAAGUGUGGGAAACAAAGAAAAAAAUUCUGAGUCCCCUUGAGGAAUCAAACCUCAAACCUUUGGAUUUCACAAUCUGAUGCUCUACCACUGAGCCACAGAGACUCUAUGGUGAGCAAGGCCCAUUGUGAAGUCAUAUAUGUUCACAUACAACACUUGUCCUGUAUACUGCUAGGAUUGGCAAUGUUGCUGAUCCUAACAGUUAUUAUGCAGGACACAUUUUCUUUGUGCCACGCUUGUGACAAGACGAAAAACAUCUUUCUUUAUUUCUUUACCAGGCUUAAAACUUAUCAUCUUCCUUAUUCUAUUUGCAAUAUAUUCUGGGUUCCUCCUUCCAAUUCUUAUCAAAGCUAUCAUUCCAUAAAAGUUUACAAGCAAUAUAAAGCUAUUAGUAAUGAUCGAAAAAUUAAAUUUGCAUCCUUAUAGUAAAGAAAAUCUUCAGAUUUUAACUGUCUCUUGCCAUUGUUGCUUUUCAGUUGAUGCAGACACAGGUCAAGUAUGUGCAGACUUUCUUGAUGAUUUGAACUGCUGGAAAGAGUUUUAUUCAAUUUCUUAUAUGCUACUCAGUAUCCAGGUAAACAAAACAAAUAAAAUGCAGUAAUGCAAUGUCUGUACAUGUAGUUCAAACUUCCAAGUUUGUCCUUUUUUUUGUCUGUGAUUCUUAUAGAAUAUCUACUGGUACAUGUAUUAUUUGCUAAUUUGUGUUUAUUCUAACAAACUCAUAUUGCAAGAUGCUUUGGCCUCUCAUUUGACAUGCUGGGCUUUCAGGUCGAGAGUUCCCAGCUUGCAUCUGGUUUGGGCAUUGUGUUUAGUUCUCAGGCAUGACAUUUAACUUUCAUCGAAUAAUUAAUAAGAGUUGAAGAGUUGUUGAUACUGAACUCUUGAUGGAUGGAGACCUUAACCCUUUAACUCCCAGAAGUGAUUAACAAGUAACUUCUCUCUACAAUAUCCAUGCACUAUCCAGCAAACAGGUAAUGAGAAUAUUCAAAUGUAUCAGGUAGAAGUUGUCAUCUUGAUCUAACACCAAAUUCUCAUAACUUAUUGACAAGGAAAUGUGUUGCAGCCAGAGGGGAGAAUUAACAACCAGAUCUUGGGAAUUAAAGGGUUAAGAUUUCUGACUGUACAACCAAAGAUUAAAUCACUUCUUUCAAUUUCUUGUCAAAUUUCACAGAUGCUGCUACCAAAUCCAGUUCUUGAGGAUGCUGUAAAUCCUAGUGCUGCCAGAAUUUUUGCUUCCUCACCCAGUGGUUUCAGACAGACUGUGCUGGACUGUGUUCUUGCCAGUAAGAGAAUUGAAGGUGAAAAGAUCUUUACAAAAGUUGGCAUGCUUCUGCUUGCAUAGACUCGUGCAGUUUUGCAGAAUAUCUCAAAUUGCAUCCAAUCUCAUAAUAAAUAGGAAAUCCUUUAAUGAGAAAUGCAUUAUCUCGAUAAAAUGGCGAAGGAAAAUGCUAUUUUGCUACAGAUUUAUUCAAAGAAAUUCAUGUAAACUCCAGGAGAAUUGUACAUUUAAGGGAGGGGUGGGAGGGGAGAAGAGAACAGGGGGGGGGAGGCGACAAGGCAAAUAUUAGCAGAAGUGAGUGAUCAUGGAAAACCUAUUUAAAAUCUAACUACACUCACCUUUACAAGUUCUGCCAUACACGGCAAUGUUCUUAAAUUUUCUCCCAUACUUAAGCUGGGCCUCUGUAAUAUAACGUUUACGACACUAUGCGUGUUGCAGUGCGCAAAAGAUUGUGGCAGCAUUGUAACGCUUCUCAUCUUGCAGCACUUGAUGCAUGGAAAACUUGGCAAGACAUGUUGUUGUAGGAGAUUUUACACUAUACAGUUUCAAAAAGAAAAGAAUUCCAGUUGAUUAUAAAAGCUUCAUUUACGCCGCGGAUGUUAACGAGCCCUCGAUUCUACUCAAACGCAAGCUCCUAGUUCUUGAGCAGCGUCUAGUCAUCGAGACUACGUAAAAUUGAUCUUUCACGUAUGCACAUUUUUAAUUCAGCUGGCCUCAAACCUCACACGGCCGAGGAAGUCGACCUAACUCGAAUGUCCCGUAAAGAUCCCGAGCCACCCGCGAGAACUCCUGACGAAAGAAAAAAGAGCUCGAAAAUCGGAAAAGUUUCGUUUGAUGACUAUCAUGCAAUGUGGAGUGGAAUAGCUACAACUAAACCAGUUUUGAGUUCAAAUAAUCCGCUAAGUGAGGUUCUUAAAGCCGAUUCCAAUCUGCAAGCCACACACUUUGGACUGCCGCAACAGGAAUUACACGAGGAGAUUCACAAACAAUUGACAGAGCAUAACGCCAUAAUGUACGGAAACUUUGAUACUGGACGAGAUGGUCGGGACUUAACGGAACUGAAGACCACUAGGAUUCAGUUGCUGAAACAGAUUUACCUUCCUAAACAGCAAGGUAUGGUUUGUGCUAGUGUUUUUCGUGUUAAGGAUUUUUCUUUACACUCAUUACGUCGUCACGGAAAAAUUAAGUACUGGGAGAGAAAAGAAUGUGGGCUGGAAAACAGCUUUUGUUAGGGCAAUAGGCGUGUCUAAUGGUGCAAAUUGAGAGGAUGACGUGUGCAAAGGAAGGAGAAGUCGUUUAUUCUUUCUGGGCUCCGGCAAAUGAUGUUUUUGGCGAGGAAAGCCUUAAGUUUUCAAGUUCGUCUACAAGCAAACCGACUACAGAAUGGUUUAGUAACAACUUCGGCGUUGAAGAGCAUAUUUGUUUGAAACAGGAAAUAAGCUACAUUGUACUCAGCACCGAUACUGUAACACAAAGUACAGUGCGGGGAGAUGCAGACUUCACUAGCUUCAAGGUCCUAUUUUUUCUCAUGUGCAGUUUAGGUGUAAGCGGCUUUUAGAAGUUGAAUGUUUGCCAUUCAACGAACGCUCAAAGCUAAACCCGUCUUAAAUGGAAACUGAUUUUAUCCCAAACUGCAUUGGCAUAAGUUACAGACACAUGAAGAACUUGGAGAUUGUUUACGAACAUUGUAGCAUUUUUAGCCAGCGUAUAAUUGAAUUUAAGCUGUUGGUUUACAAAAUAAUCAUUCGUCAAAGGACUCUCCCACAAAUGAUUUACAUGCAAAUUCUCCCUGUAAGAUUUUUUUUAUCAUUCAGUAAACAGGCUUAGAGAAUCGAGAUUUGUUUUUCUUGAAAUUGAUUUGAUUUUAAUUAAAUCUUUGGAUUCAAAGAGUUAUAUAUUAGUUUCUUUUUUAUUUAUGGUCACGUAGGAGGUCUUUCCGGCACUGAGACUCCUUUAUCCAGAACUCAGACCUAUGCUCCUUCACCGGCGGAAACAAAUGCGAGAGACCUGGAACCUCAUGACCAGGAAGUCGAGGAUCUGUUAGCUUGGACUAAUACGUUGCCUUAGCAACUUCAGAGUGGAUACGACGAAGUAUGCGAAGCGGCAGCCGCGUCUCAGUUGGCGCCAAAACCGACGUGUUCAAUUACCUGUUCUUACUGAACACUGGUGGACCAAACUAGUCACGCGUGAACAUAUGUAAAUGAAGACACUUUAAGGGGUGGGUUACUACAUACAACAAUUGUCAAACGCUUCACUGUCUCAAAAAUAAAAUACAACGAAAGUAAGAGCGAAGCGGGUGGGUUGUGAUCUGUAGGUUGCGAAUUGUGGUGAGCGCCAUUGUUUUUGGUUACGGGGCUUUUCUAGAAACAGCUGCGACUGUUGCGCAACGUUUCCCCUGGAACGCACGGAAGCAUUACAAAACAAUUUGAUGUCCUCGACUUGGUUGGUUUUCCAUAUUUUCCACGGUGUAAAGGGAGUCCCAUUGUUAAGCUGGUAGGUUUAAAAAUUGACAAAUUUUUAACUGUCAGUCGUAAGGAAAAAUUAAUCGUAAAAAUUUUACUUUUAACCCUAACGAAAAGAAAUUGGCCGUCAGCCGUAAAAACCAUCACCCCAUUGAGACCCUUUGUAAAGGCUCCGCCUAAAAAUAGUAAGACCGAAAAUACUGAAAUAUGUACAUGCCUUUUUUUUUAUUUAAUCUUCAUUAUUCAUGCAUGUAAAUACCUCUUCCAAUACUACAU